GUCGAUAUAACUGGAAUGCGAGUAAAUAGUUCAUACUUUGUAACAAUGGAUAAAAGUAUGGAGAGGAAGUUCUUGAAAACAGUUAUAGCUGGAAUAUUAUUAGAGACCGGCUUUCAUGUUGCAGAGCCUGCUGUUUUAGAAACACUCGUUGAAAUGUUAUUUAGUUUGUUAUCUCAAAUGGGAAAUAGUAGCCGUCGAUAUGCUGAAGUAGCUGGCCGUCUUGAACCACUGGGUGCUGAUGUGAUGAUGGGCUUAAUUGACAUGGGUAUAUUUAAAAAUGUAUCAAGUCUUAUUAGUUAUGCCAAGCGGUCAAAUCGAGCAGUUCUCCCAAGUCCUGCACCUUCAGUACAACCAAGACAGACUAGUAACUUGCAAGCCGGAUCAAAAUUACCACAUCCAUCUUACAUGCCUAGUCAUAUGCCUGCAUUUCCUGAUCCUCAUGCAUAUAUUAGAACACCAACCCAUAAACAACCAGUCACUGAAUAUGAAGCCAUUCGUGAAAAAUCAGCGAUUCAAAAACAUGAACUAGAAAAAUCGCUAGUUAAAUUCUUAAUAAAAACUGGUCCAACAGAGAGUUUAUUUUUGAAUCAAGAAAAUGAUUGUUUUCCACUAAUAGCUAACAAACCUCAGCAACCAGCUUAUUUAUCAGCUCUAUUACCAAGCGAUCAAGUAUUUGAUGAAGACCUUGAUGAGGACAAUGAUAUCAUACCAAGAACUAACAAAGAAGUAAAGGUAACAAUAAAAAAAGAAGUCAAGAUUAAAGAAGAAUUUGAUGAAAACGACUAUCAAGAAAAUGAAGAAGAAAACAAUAUUGACGAAUCUGAAGUAAAGCAGGAAGAACUUAUUGACAACCCAUUCUUAAGACCAGUCAAGUACCCGUUAACUUCAUGAAAUUGAUGUAUAUGAAUUUUUAUAGCCUAAUAUUGGUCCAAUUAAAGUUAUUAAACAUAGAGUUUGUUACUUCAAUAGGGGAUAAGUCAAUAUGUGACUUAUCAGACCAUACAUGUUUUUUUUAAUGUACAAAUUAAGUAAAUUUUCUAAAGCUAAAA